AGCACAUGAACACUGGCACGUCCUAGUGUAGGCGUGGUUUGGUGUACAGUCUGUAUAAAUUGACAGAUCUGCUCCGUUUCAUACACAGCUCAGCAGUGACGAAUGUAUCAAGAGUCAAGAAGGGCUAUUUUCUGAAGGACCACAUCUCACUCACUCACUAAGUGUUAAAUUGUGAACUUCGCUAUUAGUCGACAUGGAGACCAUACAAGAAAUAAUUCCAUUCGCCAAAGAGAUGAUCAAUCAGAAACCCAACCGGGGCAUGCUGAAGGUUUACUUGGUGGGCUCAGCGGUGGCUGUCGUGGGGACGGUCCUAGGUUUGGUCCAGACCGUAUGUCAGCCGUUCUCCUCCGCUGACGAUGCGGCUCUUGAUGCGGAGUUUGCCAAGCUGGUGAUGCGGGAGCAGCGUGAGGAAGAGAGGCGAAGAGCAAUGGAAGAGUUGCCUGAAGUGCUGAAGAGGGCAAGUUACGCCAAACCACAUAGUGAAGAAAGGGCUGGUGUGGCUCAAAGAAGCGCAGCAACUCGACAUCACGCAUCUUAAAACGCUCCGAGACAACCCACACUUUUUAAAUGAGGGAAAUUGUUCUUGCCAUGCCAAAUUCAGUGCUUUCGGCGCACUUAUGAAUAUGCAAAACGCGAAAGACUGAUCGCUUCAGUCAUGGAAAAGCGUGACUAGGUUAUGCCAGACUGCCUUGAAGCUGGAGAUUUGCUGAAGGAUGGACAGAAGGCUACUGAAUCUGAAAUGGGACAUCGGUAUUGACGUCCUGUUGCAAACCUGUCGAUAAGGAGAUGGCUGCUGUGCAGCUAAAGACAUGUUGAGUCUGUGCCUGAACAUUUAGUUUUGAUGAUAAAAAUAUUUUUGUAUACAAGAUGAUAAGUGACAAACAAUAAGCUGUCUGUUAAGAUGUUUGCUUUUGCUAUGCAAUAAACUUUUUCAGAAACGUG